CCAGCAAAAACUUCGGAUAGAUCGGAUAAAAACAGGCGCCUUGACAUGAAUUUGAAACGCACCCAAUUUGACAUGUCCACAGAAAGCCUACAACUGUCAUUAAUGUGUCAAAAACACAUGUUUGUUAUUGUUACCUAGUUAUUUUAGUAUUUUCAAUAUUUACGUUAUUACCUAUGUUUAACUCUCCUUAAAAAUAUAUUUUACAAUGGCAAUAGAACCGUACAUCUGUCCGCUGGAUCCCGAGACAGGUUCUCAUCUCAAGCUGUACUUAUUCAAAGAUGUUGAGAACGUGGAAGAGAUCAGGAGCAACAUAGUGUCGGGUGCGUGGGACUGCGCGGCGAUCAACCCGCGGCUGGUGUUGGCGCCGCUGCAGGUGGCGACGGCGGCGGGGCGGGCGGCGCUGGCGGCGCGGCGCGGGGCGCUCGUGACCCGCUCGCCCGCCGCCGAGCUGCUGUUCAACCUGUCCCUCAGCAAGAACAUCAGCCAGAGCCUCAGCAAGUUCGGUCUCGGCACGAGCGGGGAACUGCUCGUGGGAUUCAUCGUCCACUCAGAGGACCGCAGCGAGGCAAUACUUCCACAGAUCAAAGGUGAAAUGGUGCCCAUAGAACAACUGAGGACAUUUACAGACAUGAAGGAGUUGAAAACUGUGUAUAAACUGAAAAGUUUGGGUGAAAAAUCUGAUGAGGAUUUGUUAGAUGUUAUUAUAAGUAGAAUGGUUACUAAGAAUUUUAUCUCACAUUGAUUUUUCUGAUAAAAGCUUUGAAUUUAAAAUAAAUGUCAUUUUAUUGAACCCUGA